GCGAUACUGUUCGCUUGAUCAGCGCAGACUAAUUAACUGUCAACGAAAUUCUAUGAGAGAAAGAUGGAAUCCAAUCAUAUGUUUAACUCUGGCAUCAGAGUUAAAGAGGAACCAAAUGAUGGGUCGUUUACUGGAAAUAAUUGGGAAAUGACUGACGAAAAACCAGAUCUUAAAAACGUUCAACUCUUAUCAUUUUCGCGAGAGAGUUCGACCUAUACCCCUAAAAAGUGUGAAGAAAAUCACGAAAGUGAACUCGACGACGAAGUGGAAAUAGUUGUUGAAUGUGAAGACGUCAAGCCACACAUUAAUUCAUUAACAGUAAAAAAAAUUGAUUGUUCCCAAAAUCUCUGGCGGAACAUGAAAGGCAGAGGUGGUCAUAAGACUGAAAACAUAAUUAAAGUAGAAUCCGCAGGAGAAGUGAAACAGGAAAUUUUUAGUGACAUUUCAGAAGAAUCGAAUUUCAAUUUGGAUUGUGAACUUGUUGAGCGAAACACAAGAAGAAAAGUAGCAAAAAAGUAUAACAACAAACAUAACCUCAAAACACACAUCGAUACAGAUAAUGUUACAUCUCACCCAUGUAAAAUAUGGGAAAAGACUCAUAAUCGAAAGAGUCAUCUAAAUAAGCAUAUUCAAUCAGCCCAUCAAGGUAUCACCUUCUCAUGCGAUAUAUGCAGCAAGAAAUUUUCUCAAGCAGGUACUUUUAAAGUGCACAUCAAAUCGGUGCAUAAAAAAAUCUCUCAUAUAUGCGAUAUAUGCGGAAAAUCAUUCACUAAAAAAAGUAUUCUCAAAAUUCAUAUCGAUGCGAUGCACAAUGAAGAUAUUUCAUGUGGUAUUUGUGGGAAAAAAUAUUUAAAUAAAGGUAAUCUCAAAAAACACAUUGAUUCAGUACAUAAGCGUAUCCGUCAUGCAUGUGAUAUUUGCGGAAACAAAUACACAACUAAGAGUGACCUCAAUAAACACAUCGAUUCGGUGCACGAUAAGAUUGAAUAUAAAUGCGAUGUAUGCGGAAAGUCAUUUUCACGAAAAAUUAAUCUCGAAAGGCACAUUGACACGGGGCAUAAUGGUGCAGUCCAUACAUGCAAAACAUGUGGAAAGACGUUUAAACACAAGUUUACUCUGAAUAGACACGUUAAAUCAAGGCAUGAUGGUGUUACACAUGCAUGCAAUACGUGCGGAAAGUCAUUCACUCAAAAAAGUUAUCUCAAAACUCACAUCAAUACAGUACAUAAUGGUGUCAAAUGUGCAUGUGACAUAUGCGGAAAAAAAUUUACAAGUAAGGCUAAUCUCAGAAUCCACAUCGAUUCGGUGCACUUAGGUACCACUCAUGCAUGUGAUUUGUGCGAAAAGAAAUUCACAAAGAAGAGUAUUCUUAAAGCCCACAUCGAUAUAAUGCACAAUGAUGUCGCACCUACUUGUGAUAUAUGCAGGAAGAAAUUUUCAACGAAAAGCAAUCUCAAACAACAUAUCGAUUCGGUGCACAACGGUGUCACUUAUGAAUGUGAUAUUUGUGGAAAGAAAUUCUCAACCAAGAAUAAUCUCAUUAAACACAUCGAUUCAAAGCACAAUAACAUCGAAUAUAAAUGCGAUAUAUGCGAAAAUUCAUUUACUCAAAAAUGUAGUCUCAAAGUUCACAUUGAGUCGGUGCACAACGGUAUCACUCAUGCAUAUGAUAUUUGCUGUAAGACAUUCAAACGAAAAAAUAUUAUCAAAACCCACAUCGAUUCGGUGCACAAUGGUGUCAAACGUGUAUGCGAUAAGUGCGGAAAAAAGUUCACUAAAAAUAUUAAUCUCCAAAUUCACAUAGACACGGUGCACAACGGUGUCACUCGUGCAUGUGAUAUUUGUAGCAAGACAUUCAAACGAAAAGAUUAUCUUAAAAAACACAAACAUAAAGUGCACAAUGAUUUCACCCACUGAUGUGAUAUACGCGGAAAAUCAUUCAUUCUUAAACAUAAUUUGAAAACCCACAUCGAUUUGGUGGAUUUUGGUAUCGUCACAUGCAUGCAAUACAUUAACUCAAUGUAAAAUGAUUAAAAUGAAUGCUUUGAAUGCGAAAAGAAAUUUUCAAUGAAGAUACGUCUUGAGGUCAACAACGAUUCAGUUAAUCAAUCACGAUUUACGACGUAUAAAAUUUAAUACAUGUUCAGAAGAUUAAUUACAGAUCCUAAUAGAUUAAUAC